AUGCUCGAUCUCUUGUGGUGGCCGGUGUUGGACGACUUCAGGCUCGCAAACCGCGACUUGAUGCUGUCUCCCGUUCUUUGUGGAGCCGUGUUCUUGAUGAAAUCAACAGAGCUGUUGAUAUUAUUAUGGUGGUUUGGCGAAAGCUCAACCACUUCCUCUUUGGUCAUUCCGUUGAUGAUGUUUUCAGUGUGCGACAACGACCCAGACGGCUGCGAGUACAUUUGGAACGACGCAGCAGACAUGCUGAGUGGCCGCGACUUGGAAGACGGCCGCAGGGUCGGUUUCUUGAUGUCUGGAGUAGAUUUAUUAUUCGGCUGUCCCAAAAGCUUGGACCGGUCGAUAUUGGCAAACGGAUCGUACGAGCUGAUGCUGUUCGUGCACAGAAACCGGACGACGGGGCAUGCUUGGAGCCUGGGAAGGAUAUGGGGUGUUGAACUGGUCGGCAGACGUAGGCUUUGUCUGCAGAUCAGGUGUCUAUCUCCGGACAACAAAACGUUCUCGAUCUUGAUAUCUUUGUGGAUCAACGGUGGCUUCAAAGCGUGCAUGUUUGCAACUCCUUCGGUGAUUUCUCCCAUGAUCUGGAGAAUCUCUGGUUCUUUGAGCUUGUUGACCAAUCUGGAGUUCAUGAAAUCGAUCAAUCCAUUGCCCGAGCAGUACUCCAUCAACAAGAAAACCUCGUAUCCUGAACCAUUGCUCAUUCUAGCGGCAUGGGAGUCGAUGUAG